CAUGUGACAGCAGCAGUUUCUGAACGACACAACCCGAGACGUGCACACAGAAAGAAGGAGGGAGUUUCAUAACUUCGGGAAGUUUUGUGGAGCCAUCGAUCAGUGGACUCGUCUUGUUUUUCUGAUGUCAGUGACAGCGGAGGGCUGAUCGUCACUGCGUCACUUUUUCACCGGAGUUGACUAAUUGAGAGACAUUUUCUCAGCGAGGCAGACUGUGAGAUAGUUUAUUCUCUGAUCCUGGAUAAGACUUGUAAUACUCAACCUGAGAAGAGCCUGGCCCGUGCAGCCAUGCUGAUGUAUGAUUACCCUCUGAAGACAGACAUGGAGACGUCAUUCUACUCUUCGUUAGUGAAAAACCCGGAGCAAUACGGAGUGAUCUUCUCCCACCCGACCCACCUCUACCACGCUUCACACAUGCACGCCUUCACCCAGUCCCACGCCCCCAGCAACCCCACACACACCCAGCUGGAGCCCGUGGAUCUGUCCGUCAGCAAGCGUUCCUCCUCCACCUCCUCUUCCUCCUCCCCUCCCUGCUCCUCCGCCUCCUCCCCGGCCUCCUCACGCAGCUCCCCGCCCUCCCCCUACAGCUCGGGGAGCCGCGCCUCCCCCCGCUGCUCCACGCCGCACUCGCAGAUGCGCUCCUCACCCUCCCACGUUCUCCAGCAGCACACUCCCUCCCUUCCUUACCCCACCAUGGUGGGUCCUCUGAUCAGCUCAGGAUCCGGAGUCAUCCAGGGGUCAGGGGUCAUGGUGUCCCCGGUCAUGGUGCCUCUGUCCGUCCUCUACCCCUCAUCUCUCCACCUGCAUCAGUCCAUAAUGGUGAGCCAACCUGUCGCCAAUGACGACGUCCAUCAUCGAAGCAGGGAGCACAAGCCAGUUCAAAAUGGCAACAUCCAUGACCUGCACAGGCCAAUCAAAAAGGAGCCUCGCUCUGAGCUCUCUCAUGACUUUCACAGCAGCCAUGAGAUGAAAUCAUCAGUCAUCAGGAUACCACACGAAUACGGGUGUAACAACCCAUCAGUAAUAGUUCAUUCGGGGGCAAAGCAUCCUCUCCCCGCCGAGUCUCCUGACACACUGAAAAAGAGGCGAAUCCACUGCUGUGACUUCAACGGCUGCAACAAAGUGUACACCAAGAGCUCCCACCUCAAAGCACACCGCAGGACACACACCGGUGAGAAACCCUACAAGUGCAUGUGGGAAGGCUGCACGUGGAAGUUCGCCCGUUCAGACGAGCUGACGAGACACUUCCGCAAACACACAGGAGUCAAACCGUUCCAGUGCCCCGACUGUGAACGCAGCUUCUCCCGGUCGGACCACCUGGCUUUGCACAAGAAACGCCACCUCCUGGUGUGAAAAACUCAGAAUCCCGGCAGCUUUUUAAAAAAAAACUUGUUGCUGGUUUUAACGUUGGACUGUACCACUGUGACUUAUGGGGGGGUUUUUAAAGAGUUUGCCUUACAUGUUGGACUCCAGGGAGUGGGGAAAUGUUCCUUCAGGGUGCGAAUUAGGACCCUUUCAACUCAGUAGCCUGAGAAUUAGCUGGGGGUCCACCUAUUAAUCAUGUAACCGUCACCCCAUCUUGCUUGCAGAUUUAUCAGCAGCUUAUUUAGACAUGUUGAGAGAAACCAGAUCUCUGAUCAGGUGUGGAAGGCCCAGACACUCUUUAAAAUAGAGGCAGCAGCCUCUCAGCUGGCCUGAGAGCAGCGCCCUCUUGUGGCUGCUAAACCUCACCGCAUCUACACUCGCUCUGUUUAAGCCAGAAACAGCAUGCUACUUUAUACAUCAGCUCACAUUUCUCUGCAUAUAUUAAAGUAAAGAUUGUACACACGCGUUGUUUGCUAGCUAGGCCAAUAUAAUGUGAAACUUUCCAGAAUGUAUCAUAUCACACACAUUGUGUAUUGUGUCAUACUUCAGCUUUUCAUCAAAGCUGCUACCUGUGACAUAAUGCUAAUGCUAACUCCUCCUUCAUGGACCGCCACAUUAAAGCACCACACACCUCAUCUGCCUCUACAAGCUUAAAUCAUGAAGUGACUCUAAAUAAACAAACAGGUAGCUAUUGCUCGCUUUCCCUUGUACAUACAUGCACACGUUUAAAGGCACACACAGAAAGAAAACAUGCACUUAAUAAAAGCAGCCUGGGACUGGUGUGCUUUUGGUAUUUGGGUUUGAUAAUAAGGGUUGUUCAUUGUUGGAGUUUCAAAGUGUUUUUAUGUUUUCAUUCAGAAAUGUGAAAGUUGCUGCACAUGGGCAUUAUUGUGUUUGUGAGGAAAAGACACCACUCGGUUGGUUUAAGGGUAGAAGCAAUGAAAUGUCUUAUAUCACGUUUAUGUAUCAAUAUGAACUAUGUUUGGUUUUUGAUGUGACACAAUGGUAGCCUUUUUAUUUUUAUUUUAUGACACGUUUAUAUGGAAAAAUACAAAGUGCAAAGCAGAUACAUUUGCUCUUUAAAUGUGUAUGUUUUCAGGAGCAGAUUACUUUUAUUCCAGCCUUUCUCACAGGAUAUCUCCUUUUAAAGAUUAUGGCAUUUAACAAUAUGUUUUCGUAACAGGUCAUAAGAUAUAUUAUUCUACUACCCAAUAUUUGUUUUACCAUCCACACAAUUUAAGAGCACACAUUUCUGUUUUUAUAGCUUCUUGAGAAGAAAAUUGUUUUGUUCAUAGCAUCUUAGUACAUGUUUCCAAUGUGCACUUUAUAUAUAUGUAUAUAUAUAAAUCAUUCCCAAAGCCAAACAUUUUCUUAUCACAUCAGUUGUUCUAUUCAUUUAUCUGCUGGUCAGUUUGAUCAGAAACAUCAGGUGUCUUUGUAUUCAUUUUCUUAUCAUUUAAUACCAUAAGAAGGUGUGAUCCUUUAAUUCACACAUGCACAUACAAACACAUGCACGCACACACAUAUACUGAAUGGAGUGGCUCAACAGAUCUGCUUUUUGCCCCUGGAUAUUUUUUGCAAUUUUUGCUUGUACAUGUUUUGUAUUUCGGAAAACACAAGUUGUAAUAUAUAUAUAUAUAUUUUAUAAUUGAUUAUUAGACUGAAAGGGCAAUUAAAGGUUUUUAUUAAGCAUGAUUUUGAUACUCUCAUAAUAAUGGAUAUUAUACAUUUCUAUAAUGUUCUGUCUAAUAUAAACCCUAUCUCUUUUUAAUCUAAAUGUUGGCAAUUCAAAGGGAACAUGUUAAAACUGUGAACAUAUAACUGUACAGGUCUAUCUGCAAUUUUGCAUUUAUUUUAAGACAGAAUAUUCAUACCACUUAAUAAACGUAUUGAUAAUAUUUGCAGAA